AUGUCAUUAUAUUACAGUCUCAUUUUCGGUAUUUUAGUUUUAGAGAUUGCUCUAUUUACUCUAUUGGCAUUACCUAUCCCAACUAAAUUCCGUAAACCAUUGACAUUAGUAUUAUUGAAACCUUUUAAAAAUAGUAAUGUUCAAGUAGCAAUAAAAUGUAUAUUAGGCUUUAUACUAUUGCUAUUCAUUGAUUCUAUUAAUAAAGUUUACAAUAUUAAUAAAGAAUUAGCGAUUGAUGUCGCUCAAGGUCAUCAGAGGAUUGAACUUCUGUCAAGAAAAUUUUUCCAACAAAGAAAUCUGUACUUAACAGGGAUCACAUUAUUCUUGACAUUUAUUGUAACAAAGACAUUUGCAUUAGUGAACGAAUUAUUAAAUUUAAAGGCAAAAUAUAGAAAAGAGGAUCAUGAAAGUGAGAAAGAAUUGACAAAGGAAGAAUUGGAAAUUUUAAUUAAAGAAAAAGAAGAUAAGAUAAAGGAUUUAAAAAUAAGAGCAGAAGCCUUGGAAAAGGAUUCCAAAGAUUUAUAA